AUGAAGCGAAUGCUGCGACUUGUGACCUGGAAUGUUAAUGGACUGCGUGCCAUAUUACAGCGUCUAGGGCAGAAUCUACAGCAGUUUUUAGAAAGCCUUGAUGCUGAAAUCAUUUGUUUACAAGAGACAAAAUUAACUCGCUCCGAGCUUGAUCAGGAAUUGGUCCGACCUUUAGGUUUUGAUGCCUUUUACUCGUUCUGUCGACAACGAGGUGGAUAUUCCGGUGUAGUGACGUUCGUCAAGAAUGAUGUACCAACUGUAGCAGCUGAGGAAGGACUGACAGGUCUUUGGCAGACGAAAGAUAGUGUGGGGCACAUUGGAUCCCUGCAUCACGAGCUUUCGAUGAAACUGGUGCACAAAUUAGAGUCCGAGGGACGUUGUGUCAUAACCGACCACCAAGCAUUUGUGCUCGUUAACACUUACUGUCCAGCUUUAGCAUCUGCAGAUCGGUUGGAAUACAAACUUCAAUUUCAUGCAUUGCUGGAAGAUAGGGUGAAGGCUUUGCGUAAAGCGAACAAGCGUGUCGUCGUCGUGGGUGACAUCAAUGUUUCGCACCGGGAGAUUGAUCAUUGUGAUCCUGAUGGUGGUCGAUCUGAUGGUAAUUCUUUUGCCGAUCAUCCGUUUAGAAGGUGGAUGGACUCUUUCCUCGGACUGUCAGAAGAGAUGGAGAAGUUAGCUCCUUGCGAACGAAAUCGUGACAGAUUGACAAGUGAAACAUCCACUGGUGAAAUGGUCGACACUUUUCGGCAUCUGCACCCUGAUCAUACCAAAGCUUUUACGUGCUGGAGCACAGUAACAGGAGCACGCCAAACAAAUUACGGAACCCGGAUCGACUAUAUUUUGGUAGAUGCCGUAUUUCUUGCUUGUGUAUCCUCUUGCAGAAUCGAAGCAGAACGCCUUGGAUCUGAUCAUUGCCCAGUGAUUAUGUCUUGCACCGUAGAGCUCGAAUCUGAUUCAGGCACGAACUUUGCUGCUCCUGCACUUUGUGCCAAGAAUUUUGUGGACUUCUCAGGCACGCAGCAGAGUAUCAAGGCGUUUGUCGUACGGAGUCAACCUGCAACUGAUAACCAAGAUGUUGUAAAAGGCUCAGCAUAUUCGGUAGCAUCUUCAGGAUCCUUGGGUGAACAUCGGCCCAAAACGAGAACAAGUCGCGGCCAACAGUCUAUUACUUCGUACUUCAGUAAUGGAGCAGCGAAACGAAAGGCGGCUUCACCUGGUAAAUAUUCCUGGACAGAUGAUGAAGACUCACGUGUAUACCAAAUGCUUUCAGAGAAAUCAGCAAAGGGCAAACUUGCUGAAGAAGGGAAACUAAAAUGGCAGCAGGUGCUUAGUGGCCGACCGCCACCAACUCCUAUGUGCUAUUGCGGCCAGCCCACUGUACUUCGAUCAGUGAUGAAGGCAAACGACAAUAGGGGCCGCAAGUUUUACGUCUGUACUAAACCUGCGGGUGAGAAGGGCCAUCCCGACGCUAGGUGUGAUUUCUUCAAGUGGGCUGAUAGUAGAGGCGCCAAGAAGCCGAAGGUCCAGUAG